UGUGUGGCGGUGAAAACCCUACAGCUGCGUCCAUCAAGCAGACAAAGCACCUUUUAAGUCCGUCACGUAGGCUACACACACUGACUCACACUCACACACACACACAGACCAGGGCAGACGGGAGCGAGUAAUAUCAGUAAGAGGUGCGGCUACAUGAACAAUAGUCUACACCUGCUGAAGAAAAUGACGCACCUGUCGCGUGCGCUUUCGAAAUAAUCAUCAUUUCAAUCAGCAAAAUCAAUCUUUUGUUGAUGCUGAUGUGGCGCUUUUGGUGCGCGCUGUGAUGUUUUGUAGCUCUCCAAGCAGAGCGGAAGGGGUUAAGGAGGUGUCGCCGCCGCCGGUGUGAGCUCCAGCGCGCGCUGAAACAUCUCCAACACAACUGACGUCUCCACAUCUCCACACGCGUUACCGCCAGGGUGCUGGAUUCAAGAAAAGAAAGCGCUCAAAGAAGGAAAGAAAAACAUUCCAACCUGGGAUUGGGCCAACGUCAGUUUGGUUUGAGGGCUCAUGGUGAGAGUUGUGCCUCCGACUCGAAGUGGCACGAAGUAAGCGCGCUGGCACCACUUCAUCCUGAACCGGAGAAAGGAUAGCAGCUUUUCUUCUUCUUUUCUACAACACACACACACACACACACACACACACACACACACACACACACACACACACUCACUCACUAGGAGACGGAGGUGAAGUGAAUAAGGAUAAGGCAAAGUGGAAGCGGCAGGGGGUUCGGAUGAGCGCGCGGCUCGCUUUCCCGUCCCGCGGCUCGCUGAUGAAGUUGUGCGGGCGCUGUCGGCGUGGCCCUCUCCGCUCACCGUGUAGAGGUGCGUGAGGCUCAGCUUCAGCUCCGGAGACGCGCCGCAUCCGGACCAGCGCAUCAGGAUGCCGGUGCGACGCGGACACGUGGCGCCCCAGAACACUUUUCUGGAUACCAUCAUCAGGAAAUUCGAAAGUCAGAGUCGAAAGUUUGUCAUAGCCAAUGCACGGGUGGAGAACUGCGCCAUCAUCUUCUGUAACGAUGGCUUCUGUCACAUGUGUGGGUACACACGGGCCGAGAUCAUGCAGAAACCAUGCACCUGUGACUUCCUGUACGGGGCGCACACCAAGCGCCUGGCCAUUGCACAGAUGGCUCAAGCGCUUCUGGGCUCAGAGGAGAGGAAAGUGGAGAUCACGCUCUACAGGAAGGACGGUGUGGGUUUUCUGUGUCUGGUAGAUGUGGUGCCGGUCAAAAACGAGGAUGGUGUGGUGAUCAUGUUCAUCCUAAACUUUGAAGUUAUGACUGAAGACAAACUGCACAACCCCAACCAGGGGCUGAACCAUAGAGUGCCUCUCCCCUGGCGCUCCACAAAUCGAGCACGUCGUAUCCGUCUGCAUUUGCCUCUCCUGAAGUCACACAGUAACAGCAAGUCAUGUCUGCAUGAGGACCCUGAGGCAGGCCGUAGUGCUGACAUCUCUGCCACUACCAGCUCUAGGCGUGGCAGCGGCCACGAGUCUCUGGCUCUUGGCGAGCUCGUCUCACUGCCAGAACACGAGCAGGUCCACCCUUCUGCCACCACACCAUCGGGCACGGCAUCCUCCUCCCUGUGGCCUGAUGACAGACGCACCCUCCUGGGAAGUGAGUCCACGCCGCCUCCUUCGGCCCCUACACACUCCUCCACAUUGCCCCUGGGCCAGUCAUCGCCACGGGCACACAGGCUCAACCCAGACACCUCAGCCUCCAACUGCAGCCUGACACAUAGCCGCUCGCGUGAGAGCUUCCACAGCAUGCGCCGCGCAUCCUCUGUAGAUGACAUAGAGGCCAUGAAGCCUGAAUGGGAUCGCAGACACUCCAUACGACCAGCGAGCAGCAGUACAGGUGCAAUGAACAACAAGUCCAACAUGCUUAACUCUACCUCCGAUUCAGACCUCAUGCGCUACCGCGCCAUCAGUAAGAUCCCCCAGAUCACGCUCAACUUUGUGGACUUUAAACCUGACCCCCUUAUUGCUCUCCCUCCCGGAGAAAUGGACAUCAUCGCUCCCUGCAAGCUCAUUGACCGCACACACAACGUCACAGAGAAGGUCACACAGGUGCUGUCACUAGGCGCUGAUGUCCUUCCUGAAUACAAGCUCCAGGCACCACGUAUCCACAAGUGGACCGUGCUGCACUACAGCCCCUUCAAGGCUGUUUGGGACUGGCUGAUUCUUCUGCUGGUGAUCUACACUGCCAUCGUAACACCAUACAGCGCUGCCUUCCUGCUUGGCUCAGAGAAGGAGAAUGAUACCUGCACAUACUGCAAGCCGCUCAACAACGUGGACCUUGUCGUCGACAUCAUGUUCAUCAUUGACAUCCUCAUCAAUUUCCGCACCACUUAUGUCAACGCCAACGACGAGGUGGUGAGCCACCCACUGCGCAUCGCUGUGCACUACUUCAAAGGCUGGUUCCUCAUUGACAUGGUGGCCGCCAUCCCCUUUGACUUGCUCAUCUACGACAAUGGCGAGGAGACAACCACUCUAAUCGGUCUCCUAAAGACGGCGCGGCUCUUGAGGCUGGUUCGUGUGGCCCGGAAGUUGGACCGCUACUCGGAAUAUGGUGCAGCUGUCCUCUUCCUACUCAUGUGCACUUUUGCGCUCAUUGCUCAUUGGUUGGCCUGCAUCUGGUACGCCAUUGGAAGUGUAGAACGCAGCGGUGCCAUCGGCUGGCUCCACACGCUAGGGGAUCAGCUUGGGAAACCCUACAAUUACUCCGCUGUCAACUCAGGACCCAGCAUUAAGGAUAAAUAUGUAACUGCCCUAUAUUUCACCUUCAGCAGCUUGACCAGUGUAGGAUUCGGCAAUGUCUCACCCAACACCAACUCAGAGAAGAUCUUCUCCAUCUGCGUCAUGCUAAUUGGAUCCCUCAUGUAUGCCAGUAUCUUUGGGAAUGUGUCAGCCAUCAUACAGCGGUUGUACUCUGGUACGGCACGCUACCACACUCAGAUGCUCCGGGUGAGAGAGUUUAUUCGCUUCCACCAAAUCCCCAACCCGCUCAGACAGAGACUGGAGGAGUAUUUCCAACACGCCUGGUCCUACACUAACGGAAUUGACAUGAAUGCGGUACUGAAAGGCUUCCCUGAGUGUCUUCAAGCAGAUAUAUGUCUGCACCUGAACCGUACUCUCCUGCAGAACUGUAAAGCUUUUAAGGGAUCCACUAAAGGUUGCCUACGAGCCCUGGCCAUGAAAUUCAAAACCACUCACGCCCCACCUGGUGACACGCUUGUCCAUGCUGGUGAUGUGCUCUCAGCCCUUUACUUUAUUUCCAGAGGAUCCAUCGAAAUACUACGUGGAGAUGUGGUGGUGGCCAUCUUAGGAAAGAAUGAUAUAUUUGGUGAGCCCAUCAACCUGUAUGCUCGACCAGGCAAGUCCAACGCUGAUGUCAGGGCGCUAACCUACUGUGACUUGCACAAGAUUCACAGAGAGGAUGUUCUGGAAGUUCUGGACAUGUAUCCAGAGUUCUCAGAUCACUUCUGGAGCAACCUGGAGAUCACCUUCAACCUGAGAGAUACCAACAUGAUUCCUGGGUCUCCAAGCAGCAAUGACUCAGACUGUACUGGCUUUAACAAGCUCCGUAAAAGAAAGCUUUCCUUCCGACGGCGAACAGAAAAAGAUGAUGCAGAUGCAGGAGAGAUCAAGAAGAACCAGAAACCAGUGCGACGUAAUAGGAAACAGGCCAGGAGUAAUCAGAAUGAGGGAUUAAAACCGGACUUCGAAAGGCCUCAGAGUUCAAUCUCUUCCCACUCCAGUGGUGAUGAAGGGGAGAAUCUUGUUCAUACACGCUCCACUCUGCCAACAACAUUACUGGAGCUCUCUCAAGCCCAAGGCACUUCUAUGAAUUUUAAUGACAACCCAGAGGUUGAAGCAGAUCCUAAAACAGGCAACACCUGCAAUGCUCUGUCAGGUGCACUCUCAGGUGUGUCCAACAUCUUUAGUUUCUGGGGUGAGAGUCGGGGCCGUCAGUAUCAGGAGCUGCCUCGCUGUAAUCUACCUUCACCACCACCUCAGCACGACACCCCAUUACACAGCAUCUCAAGACAGCAGCGGAGCCAACUGGAGAACAGGCUGGACAUGCUACAGACACAACUCAACAGGUUGGAGACCCGUAUGUCCACAGACAUCAGUGCAAUCAUGCAGUUGCUCCAGAGGCAGAUGACGAUGGUGCCUCCAGCCUACAGCACAGUGUCCUCACCUCCCCAGGCAUCACUGUACCUCGGCUCAAGCCCGGGUCCUGAAGAGUCACUCGUUCAGACUGUCACACCUUUGGAGUCUGAGAGACUAUCCUCACUCUCACAGAUUCUGGACCCUCAGGACUUUGAGGAAUUCCCUGCCAAGUCGUGCGGGUCUCUCCACUUCGUGACAGAGCCCUUAAUUAGCCCAGGAUCUGCCCCUCUGCAGGAUCUGACCAGCUUCGACCACAACGCUGAACCUCCAGACCCCAACACCCAGCGGCGUUUGUCCCUCCAGGAACCACAAACAAUUCUGGACUCACGGACACCGCAAAGACACAGCUCCGAUCCUGGGAGCUAGAGAGGGAGGGAAGAAGGAGGAUGAGGAAACAAUGAAUGAAUAGAGCAAACACAGAUAUUACGCGGUUCCUCAUUUUCCUGCCCCUCUCACUACUUUUCAGUCGUUUGAUCUCUCUUUCUCUUCCUCAUGCAUCUCAUGGGGCUAGGAAGGGGGUCUCUUCCCUUCAUUCCAGUUUUUGCACUGAGGUAGGAGGUGUGAAUGGAGGGAUGAGAUGCGACACAUGCGUAUGCUGGAGCUGGAGGAGGACUGUCACUGUCCGAAUCUACAGGACUUAAAGACUAUAAUCCACUGAGUGCAACAUGAGGAUGGAGGCCCUUUUAAAAAUCUCUGCUCUAAAUGUCCUUAAAACUGGUGGAAACAUUAGCAAUCUGACAUUGAAAUUAACAUUAAUAGCAGUGCUGGUGUGGAAGGGUGUCGAACAUUGUUCACCCUUUCUGGCUUUUGUUAAAAAAGCGGAAUCCAUCCACAGGAAGGCGUCCAUGUUCAAAUUGUCCCUUUACUACUGUUAUCCAGUAUUGGA